AUGACCGCGGCCGCGAUGGGCGAGCCGCCCGCGGGCACGGCCGGCACCGGCACAGAUUUGGCAAAGCCUCCAGUAAAUGAACCAAGGGAACCGGAACAGUUUCUAAUGCAGAUGCCCCAGGGAAAUCCACUGCUGCUUUCCCACACCCUACAAGAGCUAUUGAGCAAGGAUAGUGUGCAGGUGGAGCUUAUACCUGAGAAGAAGGGCCUUUUCCUGAAACAUGUGGAAUAUGAGGUUUCCAGCAAGAGGUUCAAAUGCUCAGUCUACAGGCGAUACAAUGACUUUGUGGUGUUCCAUGAGAUGCUGCUCCAGAAGUUCCCCUAUCGCAUGGUGCCGGCACUGCCGCCAAAGAGGAUGCUGGGAGCUGACCGAGAAUUCAUAGAGUCGAGGAGGAGAGCGCUGAAGCGUUUUAUAAACCUGGUGGCUCGACACCCCCCUUUCUCAGAAGAUGUGCUCUUGAAACUCUUCCUGUCAUUCAGUGGCUCAGAUGUACAGAAUAAGCUAAGGGAGUUGGUCCAGGGAGUAGGAGAUGAGUUUAUGACCUGCAAAUUAGCCACCCAGGCCAAGGACUUCCUCCCAUCUGACAUACAGGCCCAGUUUGCUGCCAGCAGGGAGCUCAUCAGAAAUAUUUAUAACAGCUUUUAUAAGCUUCGCGACCGUGCGGAGAGAAUUGCUUCUCGAGCCAUUGAUAACGCCUCCGACCUGCUCAUAUUUGGGAAGGAGCUCAGUGCUUUGGGCUCAGACACUACCCCACUUCCUUCCUGGGCUGCUUUGAAUAACAGCACAUGGGGGACUCUGAAACAAGCCUUGAAGGGUCUGUCUGUUGAGUUUGCACUUCUGGCAGAUAAGGCUGUGCAGCAGGGUAAACAGGAAGAGAAUGAUGUGGUGGAGAAGCUGAACCUUUUCCUGGAUUUACUCCAGUCCUAUAAAGACCUGUGUGAAAGGCACGAGAAGGGGGUGUUGCACAAGCACCAGCGGGCGUUGCACAAGUACAGCAUGAUGAAGAGGCAGAUGAUGAGUGCCACUGUGCAGAACAAAGAACCAGAAUCAGUGGAGCAACUGGAGUCUCGGAUUGUGGAGCAAGAAAACGCCAUCCUGACCAUGGAGCUGCGGAAUUACUUCUCCCUGUACUGCCUCCAUCAGGAGACACAGCUCAUCCACAUCUACCUGCCUCUCACCUCUCACAUUCUGGGGGCCUUUGUCAACUCCCAGAUCCAGGGUCACAAAGAGAUGAGUAAAGUUUGGAAUGAAUUGAAGCCGAAGUUGAGCUGCCUUUUCGUGGGAUCUAGCAGUAUGCCAACUCCACCACUGUCACCUCCAGAGGGAAAUUUCUUCUCCAGUUAAUGCUCCGAGCAUCCUGCAUGGAGCAAGAAGGGCAAUCAACGAAGGGGUGGGACCUCUACCUCCAGAUGUUAAAAUGAAUCCUCCAAACAGCUAUUUUUUAUUUUUUGUUUUUUAAAUACUGCUGCUUUGAGCUGCUCUCUGAUUUAGACAGACUGGAUGUGGGGCAGAACAUAUGGAUAUAAAGACAAUCUCUUAAUUUUGCAGUGCUCUGGGGCAGAGCUGAUGUUCAUUGUCCUGCAGACACUCUGCACAGGGUCGGGAUGUGGCCUGGCACAGCGAGUGCUGCAGUGCUGUUGCUGAUGCCUCUGCAUCUUGUACUAACAGUCCUCCAAUCAUGUUUAUCUGCAGCUGUGCUGACACAUCUCUGCUCUGAAGUCUCUGAAGUGCUGAGAUGAACGGGAUAACUGAAGCACUUGCUUGUAGUGGAGAUAAAUUGCCUUUUACGCCUUGGAGGGCCUGUGUUAGGGACAUGUGUGCUUAAGGAAAGCUGAAAGCCAUCCCCCAUCCCGUUGUAGGUGUCUGGAUUUGAUUUCUUACUGCUAGACCUUAGCACAAAAUGAAUGAAGUGGUUGGAUUUUGUAACCCAGCUGGGCAGGGGUCAAUGCUGCUGUGUAAUGGGGUUCUCCCAUGAGGUUGGAUGGACUGUAUUGUCAGUGUGGUUCCCUUCAUGGUUGCAGGGCAGCCUGGGGACUUGCUCAUAUUUUUCAGUUUGGGGCCAAAGACAGCUGGGUUCAGGAACUCAGAGGAGUUUGCCUGGCACAAAUGAGAAAAUAAUUAAAUAAAACACUCCUUAAUUGUAAUCCAGUCCUACUACAUGGGCAGAACAGCUACAAGGUAGCUGUUUUCUUCUGGAGGUUCUGAUAUCCCUCUGUUAAGUAGCUGUUCAGGUCCAUUGGAGAGCUGCUGACCCAAAGGCUGGUGUUUUCUUUGGUCUAAUAUCAGAAGUAUUCUGUUAUACCAGCAGGCUGGAACACAGUGCUGAUAAAGUUCAUUAACAAAAAAAUCAGUAUUUAUCAGGAUGUUACUGUCAUUCUUUUUCCUGGCUGUGGGUAACACUGGAGCGUGUUUGUGAAGGACAGGAGACAAGUGACAGUUCUCAUCUCUAAAAACAGCUCAGCCCUUGGUAGUGGGGUUUUCAGAAUGAUUUGUGAUUGAGAUAAAGGGACUAAUCUUUCUCCACUUUGUAUCUCCAGUGACUUUCCCUCGGGAGGCAAAGGGGAGGAGAACAGGAGAACGUGCACAUCGUGUUACCUCGGGGGAAAUGGUGCACAUCCUCCAGAGAAACUGAUAAUCCAAGGAGCUGCAAACGUCUGCAGCAAAACUGUGUGAACAGGUCUCUCCUGAACCUGCCUUCUCUGGGGCCAAAAUAGCUUCUAAAGGGGAAUUUGAGAUUUGGCUUCUUAGCAUUUUCUUUGAGUGGGUAAAAAGGAAGCAUAUUAAUAAGGAUGAGUGCUCGCUGUCAAACUGGAACCAUUACAGUAUUUUUCUAGUGGGGAACUUCCCCAUUAGCAGGAAAUGUAUUUAAAUCCUCUAAUCACAAAAGCUGCUUUUUUUUGUUUUGAUAAAUUUAGAAAACUCAGUACAGCAUGAAACUCUUCCUAAUCCAGGUGGAAAUUAGUUUCUUCAGCUAAGAGCAAGAUAAAUUACUUGCCCAGUUUCAUGAGACUGGAAUAACCAUUCCUCACACUCAUCAAAAUGGGGUAAAACAGAGUGAUGUGAGUGAGUUCCUUGGGUGCUGGGCCUUAAGCAGUGUGUAGCCAACCUUGCUCAGAAUGCAUUAAGAGCUUUUUCCAACAAUUCAAAUGUUAACUUGCUUUCCUUCUGUGUGUGGGCCUUGUGCAGUGAGACAGAUGAACUGUAAAUGGCUGUGACAGGUUUGAUUCUCUCCUGAAGGUUUUCAAAGCGAUGCAGAGGAGAUUCUGCUCACAAGGCAGAGCAAAUUGUCAGAGGAGGGAAAUGUUUCUACAGUCCAGUAACACAGAAGAUUAUUAUCUCAAGAAUGGCACAGAAGGUUUUUCUGCUUGACCUUGUCUUGGUUAGGAGGAUGGUUUGUGGUUCAUGUGCAGAAAGCGUGUUACCAGAUUUUUACAUGCUCUUUACCCCUGGCAUCUUUAGAAGGUGUUGGCUGGUUAUGGCUGGCUUAGUCUGAGCACCCAUCCUCCCUUGUUUAUUAUCCUUGUUUUCUUGAUGUGGUGAGCAGUCAAAGUGAGAAAAUACUGUAUGUUUUGGGGCAAGAUCUGAUACCUCUGGUGGAUCUUCUGUGUAAUUUGUUUGACUGGGCAGUGUUCCAUGGGAGCACUUGCAAAGCGUUAGCCGGAAUGGAACUUUGCACUUCUCAUUUCUAGAAAGAAUUUCUAAUUUUGGACUUUAUUUGCAAUCAAAAAACAAAUUCCCCAAAAAAGCAAACGUCAAAAUGACAUUUGGAUUUUAGACUAACUCCUCUUUCCUGUUCUCCUCGAGAACAAGAAUUCUACAGUCCAAAGGCAGAGAUUGUAAUAAGGAUAAAUACAGACUACAGGACCUAUAAAGGAACUGGAAUUACAUUGAGAAAACAUCUAUUCCUCCUUUGUCAGCCCUUGCCUCUCUGAGGAGAGCAGUUUUGGGGGUGGGUUUUUCUUGUUUUGCUUUUACUCUGUUCACCUGGUAUUUGAGAACAGAGGCCUUGUAUUCUCAAAGCUGAUCCAGCUGUUGGCACUUUCAGAGUUUAUUUCAUACUGGACUGUCAAGCUUCUGUCUCAUUCCUAAACACAUGCAGACACUAUUUCAUACAACCCUUAGUUUCCAAACAUUUCCUUUGGGAGACUGGUCUGUGUGCAAAUAGAACUGUUAUGUUUACCUCAGUAUGUGAGGGAUUUCCUUACUGUGUUUGUUCGUUCAGCUUAUG